AUCUAGACUAGAAUCGCGUUUUACGAGUAAUAAGGUGGUUUACACUAUAACAAUAACUGUCAUUUUGUAGAAAGAGACGAAAGCAGGAGGGGGGCAGCGUUCUGAAAUGCCGACUUGCGGGCGUGUGUGACAUUUUGAUGUAGAGUGUCUUUGAUGAUUUUCGUCAUGUAUUGAUUUAAUACAUAGAUAUUUCCGAAAAAAGAAGAUGGAUGUCGCAGUGAUAGAAGUCCUUCAACAAGCGGGUAGUCAGGAUCCCACUAUUUUGAAACCAGCUGAACAAACUCUAAAACAAUGGGAAACUGAAAGGGGAUUCUACACUGCGUUAUAUAAUGUGUUUUCUAAUCAUUCCUUGAGUAUCAAUAUUAGAUGGAUGGCUAUUUUAUGUUUCAAAAAUGGUGUUGAUAAAUAUUGGAGAAAAAAUGCUCCAAAUGGAAUUGCAGAUGACGAAAAGGAAUUUCUUAGACAACGUUUAAUAGUAAACUUUGAAGAACCUGUAAAUCAGUUAGCUAUCCAAUUGGCAGCUCUCAUUGCUAAAAUUGCAAGAUAUGAUUGGCCUAGAGAAUGGCGGUCAUUAAUUCCAACCUUAUUGGAUGUUAUAAGAGGACAAAAUCCUUUGGCCCAGCAUCGGGCACUGUUAAUAUUACAUCAUGUUGUUAAGUGUUUAGCCUCUAAACGUUUAGUUCCUGACAGACGACUCUUCCAAGAAUUAACCAGUAGUGUGUUCAGUUUUAUUCUGAAUGUGUGGAAUACUUACACAGAAUCUUUUCUUAUAAUGGCAUCAAAUGGGGCAGACACAAAUCAGAUACAGGAAGCUUUGGAAAAAGCGUUACUUCUAUUGAGAAUUCUUAGAACACUUAUUGUAAAUGGGUUUAAUAAACCUUCAGAAUCCCAUGAUGCUAUGUCAUUCUUGGAAAUUGUUUUUGAACGUGCAAGAACUUGUCUUGAAUGUCGAAAGACAUUAAUUUCAAGAGGUAUACAGAUGGAAGUAUGCGAUAAAUUUAUAAUUCAUUUAACUAAAGUAUUAAUAGGAGUAUUAGAAAUGCAUCCAUUUUGCUAUGUAGAACUAAUACCAACAUCAUUAGAAUUUUCUGUUUUUUAUUGUUUCACUGAAGCUGGUCAAGCCCUAGCUUUUGAAAGAUUUGUUAUACAGUGUUUAAAUUUAAUGAAAGGCAUUUUAUUAUCUACAUACUAUAAACCAGCUAAAGUUCUCAAAGAUACGAAAAAUCCUUUAACGUUGAGAGCAAAUCAAUUGAGACAAGAAUUUUUCACACCUGAAACAUUAGCAGAAAUUUGUUCAAGGCUGGUAACACAUUAUUUUCUUUUAACACCUGCUGAAUUGGAAUUAUGGGAUACAAAUCCAGAAAGUUUUGUUGUCGAUGAUGGCGGUGAAUCAUGGAAAUAUAGCUUAAGGCCUUGUACGGAGUGUCUGUUUGUAGUAAUUUUCCAUCAUUUUGGAGAAGUUCUUGUACCAGUUUUAGUUGAAUUAAUGCAAAGACAUCAUCAACCAGUUGACCCGAAUAAUUUGCAUGCUAUUCUAGUAAAAGAUGCAGUAUAUAAUGCAGUUGGUUUGGCUGCAUUUGAUUUAUACGAUGAGGUAAAUUUUGAUCAAUGGUUUUCAACUACCUUAAAAGAAGAGUUGAAAAUUCGAAGUAACAAUUAUAGAAUUAUUAGAAGACGAGUAUGUUGGCUUAUUGGGCGCUGGACAACUGUUAAGUUAAGUACAGAGUUAAGACCAGAAUUAUACAAACUUAUGGUUGAAGUUUUGAGUCCUGAAGAAGAUCUGGGUGUUCGCUUAGCAGCAAGCGAUGCUUUAAAACUUGCGAUAGAUGAUUUUCAAUUUAAUCCGGAAGAAUUCUCGCCAUAUUUAGAACCAGCAUUCUCUUUAUUAUUUUCGCUCCUAAAAGAAGUAAAAGAAUGUGAUACCAAGAUGUAUGUGUUAUACGUGUUAUCAUUUAUGAUUGAACAUGCUGGUAGUGAAAUAAACCCACUUGUUGGAGCCCUCAGUUCAUAUUUGCCAGCACUUUGGCAAGAAUGUGAAGAACAUAAUAUGCUAAGAUGUGCUAUAAUUUCAACACUUGUACAUCUGGAAAAGGCUUUAGGUUCUGAAAGCGUCCUUAUAGAACCACUAGUAGUAUGUGUUAUUGCAUUAAGUUGUGACGUCAAUCAAAAUUGUCACGUUUAUUUGUUAGAAGAUGGCUUGCGAUUACGGUUAGCUUUACUGCAAAAUGCAGCUGCGCCAACAUUGGCUAUAACGGAACUGACUAAAAAUUUGCCUGCUGUAUUAGAAAAAUCAUUUGAACAUUUAAAAUUAUGUUUGUAUAUAGUUCAAGCAUAUGUAAUAUUAAGUCCCCAAGAAUUUUUAAGUCAAAGAGGAGCGAUUAUAAUCGAAACACUUAGGCCACUUUUAGGAGAUUUGAACUCGGAAGGAGUUGUAAUGAUAAUGACAGUGUUUGAAAUGUGUUUAUGUGCUUCACCUCGGCAAAGUGCAAAACUUAUUAAACCUGUUUUGAUAACUAUAUUUGAAAAUAUGUAUAAGGAAGAAGAAGUUACGAUGACGAUGACUAUGUAUUUAUCUAUCCGUUAUUCUUUAUGUCGUAAUACUAUAUAA